AUGAAAUCACCAAUCAAUUUAUAUUUUAAUAAAGAAAAUACUGAAAAUCUUAAAAUACUAGAAAAGUGUCCAACUCUCUAUCGUAAACCAAAGGUAGAUGCUAUAAACAGUAAAUCGAAUGAUAAUAACACUACAGCUAGCAGUGAUGAACCAUCGGUUGUGAAUGAUGCAACCUUUGAAACAUCAUUACUGUUGGCCAACACACAUUUUCACUCUUACUACGCAUCCUAUCAUAGAAACCCUCUGAAUCUACCAACGAGAAGAGAGGUACUGAUAGCAGAGGACGGUGGAACUGUCUCACUCGAUUGGUUCACAUUCGACAACGAUAAGAAUUUCAAUGAGGAGACACCGACCAUUCUGAUGCUUCACGGUCUCACCGGUGGAUCACACGAAGUAUACGUACAAUACUGUGCAAAAGAUGCAUACACAAAGAAAGGAUUCAGAACCGUUGUAUUUAACUAUCGUGGUUGUGCAGAGAAUAUUGUAACCGCGGAUCAAACAUAUAGUGCAGCAUUUACAGGUGAUCUUAAAAUGGUUGUAAAACACUUGGUAAAGACGUUGCCAAAGGCAAAGUUAUUUGCUAUCGGAUUUUCUCUGGGAUCGGCAAUCCUCGCAAAGUAUCUCAGUCAAGUCGGAACCGACACACCUUUCAUUGCGAAUUGCAGUGCUUCCAAUCCGAUGGAUAUGAACAAGUCGUCGAUCAAUCUGAAAUCGACGUACAUAAACAACAAGUUCUACAAUGAGAUGUUGGCAAACAACCUAAAGAAUCUCUUCACCAAGUGGGGUGACCGUUUGGAGCAGUUUGCAAAGCGCGAAGACGUAUUGAAAGCAAUGACCAUCAAGGAGAUCGAUGAGUUGAUCACCAGCAAGGUGUUUGGUUACGCAUCGGCCGAGGAUUACUACAAGGAUGGCAGUGCGUGCAAUCAUCUCGAGAAAAUAGAGAAACCGAUUCUCUUUUUGACAUCGACGGACGAUCCGAUUGCUCCAACCUGCGGAAUUCCUUUCGAUAAGUUCAAAGCUAACCCCAACACAAUUUUAGCAACCACCUCCUAUGGUGGUCAUCUCGGAUUCCUCUACGAUCUUACAUCCAAUCAAUCAUGGUUAGACAAUGUAGUAGUAGAAUAUUUUUCAAUAGUAGCUGAUUUUAUAUUUUAA